AUGGAUACAAAAGACGCGCCUCAGAUAAUAAAUCACUCCUCUGCCUCGGUUACAUACACGCCGCAUGCGGCAUGCUGGAUACCUCAAAGUAUCUGCUGCUUUGCUGGAGGAGAGGCCCCCAAGCGAACAGGAGAGCUCGAGGCAUACAGACUCAACGAGGGGCAGCUCAAGAAACAGGAGAACAAGUCGACGGAGACGGGCAUUAAGUGCAUGGCUGUGGCUCAUAGCCCAGCAGGAGGAAACUUUGUGCUUUCUGGGCAUUUCGACGGAAGUCUUCACGCUUGGGACUGUGAGUCUGUCAAUCGCGCGAUCUGGCGGCAAAAGCUGCAUGAUUCCGUCGUCAAUGCAGUCGCUGCCCAUCCAAGUAGCCCUCUGGCCGUUACGGGAGGAAGAGAGGGAACCGUGAAGGUCUGGGAUUUGCGCAUGAAGCAGCCCGUGGUCUCUCUUGAGUCAGUGGAAGGCGAAGAAGCAGCAGAGUGCUGGGCAGUUUGCUGGGGAGGGUGUACAGGGGGUCCUGAGGGGGUCAUAGGAUGUGGAUAUGACAAUGGUGACGUCAAGCUGUUUGACGUGAGGGCGAUGAAGCUGAUCUCGGAGCGAAAUCUGGAUUACGGUGUCUGCGGACUGGCAAUGGACAGGCGGGAUAUAAAGCUGAAUAAACUGCUUGUCGCAGCUCUUGAGGGUCGCCUUUUUACUGCAGAUCUCAGAACUCAGCACCCUGAGGAAGGAUUCGCCUUUCAGGAACAGAAACUGUCUUCGGGAACCGUCUGGGGUGUUUACCCGCUACCACAGAAUCGAGAGAUCGCGGCGACUUGCACGGGGGGCGGAACUGUUUCUAUUCUCCUAUAUUCGUACCCAGAUCAACGGAGCAUUGCCGAUCCUCAGACAGGACUGAUGCGAGGGGUUGUUGGCUCUCAGCAGAUUCUGAAUGACGCAGAGGUCAGCACCCAGCCAGUAGUGGCGUGGGACUGGCACCCCCAGAAGAUUGGUCUCGCUAUAUCUGCGUCUCUAGACCAGCAGAUCAGACUCACAGUCGUUACCAAACUCUCCUUGUACUAG